AUGGGCCCCCGGGCGGCGUUGCGGCCCUUAGGGGGGCCGAGGGGAAGCGGAGGGGUUUUAAUUUCUGGUGUUGUGAUAUUGACUGUCUCUCGCUUUCAGAAACCGGAUGUCUUGACCACCGGUGCUGGGAACCCAGUAGGAGAUAAGCUUAAUAUUCUGACAGUAGGGCCAUAUGGACCUCUUCUUGUUCAAGAUGUUGUUUUCACUGAUGAGAUGGCUCAUUUUGACAGAGAGAGGAUUCCUGAAAGAGUUGUGCAUGCAAAAGGGGCAGGAGCCUUUGGCUAUUUUGAAGUCACUCAUGAUAUUACCGAGUAUUGUAAGGCAAAAGUGUUUGAACACAUUGGAAAGAGAACUCCAAUUGCUAUACGAUUCUCCACUGUUGCUGGAGAAUCUGGAUCAGCUGAUACGGUUCGUGACCCUCGAGGCUUUGCGAUGAAAUUCUAUACAGAAGAGGGUAAUUGGGACCUUGUGGGAAAUAAUACUCCUAUCUUCUUUAUUCGGGAUGCAAUGUUGUUUCCAUCCUUCAUCCAUAGCCAAAAGAGGAACCCUCAGACUCAUCUGAAGGAUCCAGACAUGAUGUGGGACUUCUGGAGUCUUCGCCCUGAGUCCUUGCAUCAAGUGUCUUUCUUGUUCAGUGAUCGUGGUAUUCCUGAUGGUUAUCGCCAUAUGAAUGGAUACGGCUCACAUACUUUUAAACUGGUUAAUGCUGGUGGAAGAGCAGUUUAUUGCAAAUUCCAUGUGAAGACUGACCAGGGCAUCAAAAAUCUUUCUGUUGAAGAAGCAGGAAGAUUGGCUUCUACUGAUCCUGAUUAUGGAAUACGUGAUCUUUACAAUGCCAUUGCUAAGGGGGACUAUCCAUCGUGGUCUUUCUACAUUCAAGUUAUGACAUUUGAAGAAGCAGAGAAGUUUCCAUUUAAUCCUUUUGAUUUAACUAAGAUUUGGCCGCAUGGUGACUACCCUCUUAUCCCUGUGGGAAAGCUUGUCUUGAACAGGAAUCCUGUCAAUUACUUUGUAGAGGUAGAACAGAUGGCAUAUGAUCCUAGCAACAUGCCACCUGGCAUUGAACCUAGCCCUGAUAAAAUGCUGCAGGGUCGUCUUUUUUCAUAUCCUGACACUCAUAGACACCGUCUGGGACCUAACUAUCUACAAAUUCCUGUGAACUGCCCCUUCAGAACUCGUGUGGCCAAUUACCAGCGGGAUGGACCUAUGUGCGUUUCUGACAACCAAGGUGGUGCCCCAAACUAUUAUCCAAAUAGUUUUACUGGUCCGGAAGAUCAGCCCAUGGUAAAGGAGAGCCGCAUGUCCGUUUCGGGAGAUGUGCAGCGCUUCAAUAGUGCAAAUGAAGAUAAUGUGACUCAGGUGCGAGAAUUCUAUACCAAAGUGCUGAAGGAGGAUGAACGCCAAAGGCUGUGUAAAAAUAUUGCUGAUCAUCUUAAAGAUGCGCAACUCUUCAUUCAGAAGAGAGCUGUGAAAAACUUCACUGAUGUUCAUCCUGACUAUGGUGCCCGUAUUCAGGCUUUGCUGGACAAAUACAAUGCUGACAGCGGGAAAAAUGAUGUAAUUAGGACAUAUACACAGUCCACCUCUCGUGUGUCUGCCAAAGAAAGAUCCAACUUGUGAAGCGUGCUGCAGAGAUUUACUCGAUGAAUUUUGCGUCCAUAUAACUGCAGGACAACCUGUUGAAGAUGUUAAUGAAUGUAACAGACUUCCGCACAAAUAUAGAAGUGUUUUACAGGCUUGGUUUAUUAAGCUUGCAAGUGCCUGUAUCUGUAUUGGAAACUAGGUAACACAAGCUAACAAUCCUAGUGCCUUUCAACGCUAGUCCUUUACUGCUUGUUAACAACAUACAGUGUUUUUAAGGAAAUUAAUGAUUAAAAAUUGUCUUCAUUUCUAGAAGCAAAUACAAGUUUAAUCAAAAUACUGUUUCGGGUUUUUUUACUGUAAAACUUUCCUGGCUCAAUCACACAAUAGAACUUCUAUAAUAACACUGUGAUUAUCCUUAUGGAUAAACCUGUUCAUGUUAAAAAGUUGAUGUCGCCCAAUAUUGCUAAUAAAAUAGUUAUCUGUAUGUAUUUGUAGACACUUCCUUUGAAAUUCAUAUUUGGCCUUCCAGAAGUAAAGUGAUAUGCAGUAGUUCAAGUAAAAUGUUGGUUAUGUCUCAUUCCUUAUGAUCGAAAUUAAGCUAACUAGAAAGUUUAAUCUCAAUCGAGGUAAAUUUUAUUCCCAAUAUAAAUUUUAAGAUAAUCUUUGCUUACUAAUGCUAGGUUGGAUAUAACUGACCUAAGGGAGAUAGGAAAGGAUAUUUUCUUAUUACGUACACUUUACAACUGAAUUGAUUACAUCUUACAGUUCUUUGUUGGGGGGAGGGGGGGGGAUUGUUCUUUCUAAUCUGUAAGACUUUAAAUAGAAAACUAUUAAUUUUCCAAGUGUCUGAGAAAUUAACCUCCAAAUGCAUGAAUAUUUUUAUCUUGGCUAAAUUCAAGCUCAAGCACUUCCAAAACUAUUCCCAAUGGUUCCUGAAAUUCUGUUGUUUUACUGCCAUAAUCUGAUAUUGCUAUCUAUUGAUCAAGCCAAAGCUAGUUCUCAGAGUUAGACUUCAAUUAAAGUGGCAUGUUUGUAUGGAUGUGGGUAUCUAUAGCUAGAUACGUGUAUAAAACCCGAUUCAUGCAUCUAAAGUCCUGGCAAGUUUUAACUGCUCUGCCUGUUAGUUGUUCCUCUUCCCUUGCCAAAGAGAAAGAUCAGUGUGUCUGUGUAAUUAGCCUAGAUCUUAGUUGCACAGCAUCACCCCUCAUUUGAAGUAUUUGCUUACCUUGUUUGCCUGCUGAUGCUGCCUCAUUAGAAUUUGGGUUGGAAAAAGUAUGAAUGAUGAUGCAAAGGAUUUUGGAGCCCAGCUACUAGCUCUUAACUCAAAUGUGAUACCUGCUGUGAUUUGAAAUGUGUGGUUUUUUCAAUAUUCGGUGCAUUUCUGGGUCUGUCUUGAAUUGUCUUUUGAAUAGGAUUGCUUCCUGAUUUGGCAUUUAAGUGUGAAUUGGCAUUCCGAGAAGUGAUGGCAGAUAGAUAAAGAAGAGUAUGUACAAAGUACUGUUCCAUUAAAUUGUAGAAAGCUACUUCUUCUCCAACUCAUUUAUCUCUUAACCUAUUGUGAAAAAUUGGCUGUGAUACAGAUGCAGUAAAAUAAUACGAACUGACAGCCUACUCUGUUCUGGGAUUCAGUUGGAUUUUUACCUGAUCGGGCAGGUAGGAGCUGAAAGAGCUACGUGAAUGGGUGGGAAUAUUUAUUGCUGGAACAUAGAAUCCUAGUGAGUUUUGGAAAAGAAUAAGCAAGGCUUAGCUUUUAAUUUUGGUUGUGUCUGCUAAAUGAGUUAUUGUCGUCUUCUUUUAUUUCUGAAAUAAAACUGAAUUUAAAAAUC